AUGGUCAAGCCAGAGAUCCUCCCAACAUUGAACAACCAAUGUUAUAAGUUGUAUGUCAAGAAACACGACCAAGGCAUUAUUCUCAAUAAGAUUCCACACUUUGAUGAGCCUGAUCUGGAAGCUAGUGAAAACGUUAUUGAUGUCCCACUCAUGUACUUGAAUGUGGAAGUCAAUGAGAAUGUUAGUAAUUAUGUCGCUGACAAGGAUGUUGUCAUUAAGAAGGAUGAUCAUGUGGUAGUUGAUGAGGAUGAGGAUAUUCCUUGUGCCAAUAGAGUGAAGAGAAUUAUUGAGAAUAUAACCAAGUCUUAUGACAAGGCUACUCAAGAAAAGGAUAAAGAAGUGGUGGAUGUGGAUGAAGAGACUGAAACUGAUGAAGAGCAUGUUGUUACUAUGAUGAAGAGUAUAUAUAGGAAGGAUAGACAAGUUUCCCUUGUUAAUUCUAAAGUGAAUGAUGUGGUGAGUAAUGUAGGUGACAAUAUUGAUUAUGUUGUAAAUGAUCCUGUUAGUGCUGACGGGGGUUCUAUCCCUAAGAACAAUGAAUUUCAUGAUGGGUCUGCUCUUGUCAACGAAGGUGUAACUAAAGAUGUUGGUCUUAGUAAAAGAAAUGUAGAAGAUUUUUCACCUCAACUUGUUGUUGCUGCUACUGCAAGUUUGUGGGAAAGAUGA